CUCCCAUGGAAACGGUCGUAUAGUAUCGCUCAACUGAUUUCGAAUUUAGAACACCAUUUGUUUUUAAAUUACAUUCCAUUCUGUGGACUUUGUGACGUCGACGAAUUUGAUUGGCCACCUUUAAUUGAACGCUACCACAAUGGUUACCAACACCACCCUACUCCUCAUCUUCGUGACCCUGGCAUCGGUGACAGCUCAGACCUUCCAAUACUCUCGCGGCUGGACGAACGGCAAGAGAGACGGCCACAAGAGGACCGAGGACCUGAGGGACAUCGCUAAUAACAUCGACAAGAUCCUCUCGCCUUGCCAAAUUAACAAGCUCAAGUACAUUCUUGAAGGGAAGCCGGUUACUGAAAGGUUGCUGGUUCCCUGCGACUUGUUAGAGACCGAGGAAUCUCCAAGGAGGUACACAGACAGAAAUCUGGACGCGCUCAUGGACGCUUUUCAUUGAAAAUCCCGUACUCUAGUCAUGUGCCAAACAGAAGAAAUAUAAUGACAUUAUUGAUAUUAUUAUUUCAUAGUCAUUAGUUAGGUAAUACAAGGACCAUUUUGAUAGAUUUUAUUAUUGUAAUAAUGUUAAUUAAAUCUCUGUAAGUAUUCAAUUAUUUACUCUUUCAAAGUAAUGCAUUUAUGGCUGGAUUUGUGCAUUACUAAAACGUGAACACAGAUUAUACAGAAAGUAAAUUCCAUUCGUUCAUUUCGUUCAUUCUUUAUUUUUUCUUGAUGUAUCUGUGGUAGGCGGGAAUUUUAAAAAGUUUGUCAUGGAAAAAUAAAUUCAUAUGAAUUAGAUAAUAAAUAAAUCAUUGUUUAGUCAUUUCAAUAUGUGGUUUGGCUUAUUAUGAUGUAAUAUGUGCUAUUUCAAGGUGCAAUCCUACAUACAUACUAAAAAUGUAAGAGUUUAACGAUGUUAAAAUGUUGACAACAAUAUUGUAUUGUAACUUAUAUUGAAAAUAAAAAGGU